CCGAAACCCGCCUCCCCAAGGAAAAGCGAAACAGCGACGCAAGCACAGGCUCUGAUAUUCUUCUUCUUCUUCUUCUGCUGCAUGUAGCGACAAGCACACUGCGUGCUAAAUAUGCCUCGAAUCUUCCCUCCCGUCCACCACGUUCCGCGCCUUCCUUCCUAUAUAAAUAAACCCUUUGGCGUAAUCAACCUUUAGACCAAACCUAGAAGCGACCUUUCAAAGCAGGCUAUCCCGAACAAUGGCGACCGCUAGACUUUUACGGACGCCGGUCGGGCCUUUCUCCUCUUCUGGGUCGCGGUCUUUUGCUGCUGCUGCGCCGGCAAGGACGACCGUAGGGUGCUUAAGCUCGGCGGCUCCGUCGGGCGGCGCAGAAAGGAGCGGCUUCGAAAGAGAGGAUGCUCGCAAGAGAACGCCGAAGGUGGUCGUGAAGGCCGCGGCGGUUGCUGCUGAGUCCGAGAGACUGAUGACGGCCGAGCCUCGAAUGCUUCGCGUCGCCAUGGAUUUGGCUUUGUUUAUUGGGAAUUCCCUGAGAGCCGCGCUGGUCGUUCUGAGAGCGGCUGUGAAGAGGAGGCCGAAGAGGUUAAACGUCCAGUGUCUUCUUGAGAAGGCGAUAGUCGACUGCCGGUUUUUCACGUUAUUCGCGGUUGCGGGAUCGUUACUGGGCUCGGUGCUGUGUUUUCUGGAGGGUUGCUUCAUCAUUAUCGAGUCGUACAUGGAGUACUUCCAGUCGAUGUCGCAGAUGUCCCAUCAAGGGCACGUGGUGCAGCUGCUUGUUGAAGGCUUAGAUAUGUUCUUGGUCGGAAUGGCAAUGCUGACAUUCGGGGUUAGCUUGCACGUGAUGUUCGUCGGGUCGCAAGCCAAACGAGAGAGAGGGCCGUGGCUUUCCGGGUCCAACCUCUUCGGCCUCUACUAUCUGACGAAGGUUCCGCCGUGGGCCGAGGCGCAGUCGAUUUCGCAGGCCAAGUCGAGGAUCGGGCAUGCGAUGAUGAUGAUACUUCAAGUCGGGGUGCUGGAUAAGUUCAAGAGCGUCCCCGUCCAGACCUGCUUGGAUCUCGCCUGUUUCGCGGGAGCCGUAUUCCUCUCCUCAGCUUGUAUAUUCCUCCUCUCGAGACUUUCUCUGGGCAGUUCUUCCGCUAAUGGUGCAACGGAGAAGAGACCACUGUAAAGGACUCAAAUAUCUUGAUGGUCAAUGUCGAGAACAAGCCCUUUUGAGGAGGCACAUGCGACUUCCACUUCUUUCAUUUCAUGUGUUCCAUUUUUUUAACCAUUUUUUUAUGAUGGAAUUGUAAACAUGUUCUUCUCUAGGGCGAUGUGAUUUUUUUGCCCAUAUGAUAUUGAUAAUAUGCUCAGACGAAAAUU